AUGCUCGGGCUCAAGCGCAAGUUCGAAGAGGAGGGUGCGGCCGCGGCGGUUGCAUCCUUGACGGAUGCCCUGGACGGCAGAGACGGGGCAGCGGCGAUGGACAACGCGACGCGCUUCGACCUGUGCGAAUACUCGCUCUCCUUCUUCCUCCGCCGCGGCGAGUUCGCCAAGGCCUCUGUGCUGCAGCUACGCAUGACCCGCGAGGGCUUCAUUCCAUCCCCUUCCCUUCGCGCCCAGUUCGAUGCGGCUGAACUGGCCGCCCACAACCCAACGGACAACCAGCUCUUCGCCGCGAUCGAGCAUUACCUCGCGGACAAGACCUUCGACGAGGGUGCGUUGCGCCGCCUGCUCCAGUUCUUUCAUGAAGGUAUGGCGGCCUCGCUCUACCUCAUCAACCGGGUUGCGCACGCCUACCUCGACACGCGACCGGGCCUCAAGUUCUCGGUGCACACGAUCAGCUACCUCGUCCGGGUCCACGUCCGCGGCAAAGACACGGAUGGCGCAUCCCGGUGGGCGACGGAGCAGCGCAAGCGGCCGGAGCCAUCCCAAGUCCACCUUCCACACCUCAUCGGUCCCUACACGACGCUACUCAAUGACCUCGCGCACGCGAAACCGGAAUACUCGGCCUACAAAAAGGUCAUCGAAAACAUCCAAGCAGACGACCCCAGCUUCCAGCCAGACAUGGACUUCUUCAGCGUGCUGCUGAAGCACGAACGCCUCAACCACCGGUUCGAGGCCAUGUUCGAUAUCUACGAACGGCUUCUCUCCAUGCGUUCGCCGGCGAUGGUCCCCCACGGCUACAUCUUCAGCACCAUCUGGGCGACGCUCAACCUGCACCUCAGCUAUCAUGGCAUCAAGCGACGCAACAAGCGCGACUUCCGGCCCCCGCCCAACAUGCCCUCCGUGGAGACCGUGUUCCAGGACAUGCUGGUCUGCCACGCCGACCAGCAGGGCCUGUACAAGUCCCUCCCUCCAGUCGGCCCGCGCCCCGCGCCCGUGUUCAGCGCGAAGACGAUCACGGCCAUGCUCCACACGCUCGUCAACCAGCACGACUACGCCGGGAUGCUCGUCGCCCUGCGCACGCUCGACCUCGUCCCCGCCGCGGACGCGCGCCUGGGCCCGCUCCCGAACCUGCACCUCUACCAGCUCGUCGUCGGCUCGCUCCUCCACCGGAUCCGGCGCCAGUACCUCGCCGCCGUGUUCUCGCCGCGGCCGCAGAACUUCUGGGCGUGCCGCUUCCUGGGCCUCGCGGAGGCGGCGCCGCGCGCGAUCCGGCGGCACAUGGACGAGGACAUGGCCCUCGUCUACCGCAUCCUCAAGAUGGGCACCGAGAAGACGCCGUCGCUCGCGUUCGUCGACGCACCCGAGUUCGCGGACGCGCUCGCGCACGAACGUGCGCAGGCCAAGGCCGAGCUCCGCGCCGAGCAGUCGCUCCAGGUCCAUCCGUACUACCACGAGAUCGUCGACGAGAAGGAGUUCCACCCGUACGGGCUGCCGAGCCCGCUCGAGUGCGUGGACGGCACCUCGGUGCCCGCCGACCAAGGAUUCUCGCGCGAGGGCCUCGAGCGCAUCCUGAUGCGCGCGACGCUGGCGGACUUUGAGCCGUGGAGGCUGCGGGAGAUGGAAGGCGACUACGACCGGCUCGUCGCGCAUGCGAUCAAGGUCGCCGAGGGGCGGAUGUACCCCCCCUCGCAGGGACCGGUAUUGGUGGAAUAG